AUGACGUCCCGUCAACCGGUCAGUACGCCCGCUGUGACCGAUGAGGUGGCUGUCACUACUGCAGCUCCUGUGACUGGCGAAGUGACCAUCAGCACGGCAGCUGGGGAGGCUCCCGGUAGAGACAAGGAUGACUCGGAUGCUACCACCCAGGUCGCUACGGAGGCUGCGACUGUCGCGACUACGAUCGGUGCUACUGUUGAGCCUACUACUACUACUACUACUACUACUACUACUAUAACGUCCCCUUUCCCGGUCAGCACAGCUGCUGUGACCGAUGAGGUCGUUGCUACUACUGUGGAGACGACCGAUUUCGAGACUACCCUCAGUCCGAUUGUGUAG